AUGUUUCUUUCAGAUGUGAAGAGUGAUUCAUGUUUGGAUAUAGAAAUAACGUCCUCAACAUCAAAAGAGCGACUGACAGCACAAACUCUUUCCUGCAUCACCUGUGGAAAGACAUUCAGCUCACAGAGACAUUUAGAGAGACAUGAGAGAAAACACACAGAACAGAAACUCUUCACCAGAUCUGAGAUCAGCUUUACUACCUUACAAGAGAAGAAACUUCAUUCAGAAGACCACAGAGAGAAGAAGAAGAAAAAGAAGAAGAAGCAGCAGCAGUUUCACUGUGAGCAGUGUGGGAGGAUUUGUGUCUCUUCCUAUAAACUAAAUCUUCACAUGAGGACACACAGUGAUGAAAAGCCUUUCAAAUGCACUGAAUGUGGAAAAUACUUCAGAACCAAAUCCAAUCUUCAAGUCCAUCAGACAGUUCACACAGGAGAAAAACCUUACAAAUGCUCUCAGUGUGACAAGACUUUUUCUCAGUCAUAUCACUUCACAGCCCAUCAGAGAGUUCAUACUGGAGAGAAACCUUACGUCUGCACUCAAUGUGGAAAGAGCUUCUGUACUUCAUCUCAAUUCAGAGAUCAUCAGAGAGUUCAUACUGGAGAGAAACCUUACGUCUGCUCUCAAUGUGGAAAGAGCUUCUCCAAGUCAUCUCAAUUAAAAGUCCAUGAGAGAGUUCAUACUGGAGAGAAACCUUUUCACUGUAGUGUCUGUGGGAAGAGUUUUAGUCUAAAGCAUAACUUACUUAAUCACCAGAGAAUUCAUACAGGUGAAAAACCUUACAAAUGCUCUCAGUGUGACAAGACGUUUGCUCAGUUAAGUUACUUACAAGCCCAUCAGAGAGUUCAUAUUGAAGAGAAACUUCAUCACUGUAAUGUUUGUGGGAUGAGUUUUAAUCAACAUGACAAUUUAGUGAUGCACCUGACAAUUCAUACAGGUGAUAAACCUUUCAAAUGCUCUCAAUGUGACAUGAAGUUUACUCAUUCACGUAACUUAAAAGUCCAUAAGAGAAUUCAUACUGGAUAAAAACCUCAUCACUGUAUUGUUAAUCAACAGUCAGUUUUUGUAAAGCACCAGUGACCUUAAUAAAGUUAUGACAACAAAAAUGUUUAAAUAUUGUUAAAAAACAAGUUAAUGGUAAAAUAAGAACAAAUAAUCAAAUUAUGAUCAAUAUCACAAGUAACCAGGCUUGGGAGGGUUACUUUAAAAGUGUAUUCCGUUACAGUUACAAAUGACUUCAUAACAAAGUAUUUAGUAAGCACAAUAUAAAAGUAAUGUAACUGAUAACUUUUCGAUUACUUAAAACAACAACUUUUAUUAUUUAAAGGACUAUACAGGCAUCGGCUACAGUGUGGUAUUACAGAUUAGAAGGAAAUAAUAAAAACACAACAUUAAAAAAAUUCUACACAAUCUAUAUAUUAGUUUAUUUUAAUAUAGGCCUACUAUACAUGUUGACUAAAGCCGUAAUUUUUCUUAAUUUGCCUGACUGAACUUGAACUAUUGGCAGUGGGAGUUCCCCUGCGUUACCUAGCAGUGAAAAAUGCGUCAAGUGAGAAGAGAUUAUGAACGGAAAUUUAGGUACUAAAAAAGGUACUCUCCUAAUUUCUACAGAUUUCAGCAUCACUAGAAGACUUACAAUUGCGAUCAUACAAACCACUACAUUUUAAAGCAGUAAUAAACACAUACUAGGGUCAUUCUACAGAAAUGUCCACUUUUGGUAUGUCAAGAUGUUUUUUUUUCUAACAUUUAAACUUGGACCACAUUAUUAGAUUACUCUUUGACUAUAUGAGUACAAAUGACAGCUUAAUGAUUUUUUAUUUUUUGUGUGCAUGUACUUAAAGACUGCAUACACCAUUUUUUUGUCACUUAUGUUACCUUAAUUCUUUAGCAAUAUUAAAGGUGUUAAUGAAAUAUUAUUUAUAAUUUUUCAGCUUUAAAGCUUAAUUCUUAAGUGUAGCAGAAUUCAAUGCAUUUAAGAUUAUCAUCAUGUCACAUGUGAAAGAUUUUAUUUAAUGUGAAAGAAAACAAACACAGUAACACCAGUGACACAACAAAUCACCAGUGACAGUAACACCAGUGACAAUUUUCAUGAAAACUGCAUUUAACAAAAUUGCCUCUUCAAAGUAUAAAACCACAUGUUGUCAAUUAUGUUAUACUCAAUAAAUUAAAUAGUUUAAUCCAUUUUGUAUUCUAGUUUUUUUGCAAUUCCCAAACAAUAAAGGAGUCAUACCAGUGACUUAAACUAAAAGCUUCAUAUGAAAUCAUGAGAUGAAUGAGAAGAUUUCUGAAAACUGAAAAGAGACAGUGGACUUACCAUGGACUUCUCUUCAAAGAUCUCCAGGAAAGUGAAAGAAGGAAGUCAAGUGAUGUUAUCAGUGUGAUUUUGAUUUAAAAAUAAAAGCUUUUUUGUUAAACGGUAACACCAGUGACACAACUCCAGGGGACCACUACUUUCAUUAUAUAUUUUAUAAUAUUUAGCCUAUAUAGCAUUUUGUUUUUAAAGUAAUUUACAUCAUGUAUUUGAUAGUUUUGGACACAUUAUUGUAUUUUAAAUGGAAGAAAACACUAUUUUUGAUCUCAAAAUAAAGCA